AUGCAGUACAGUAUGAUCAUGGCCACUUUGGCCCUUGGUGUCUACGCCGCUCCCGCUCCUAUGAUUACUGGUGCUCCCUCUCUGUCUCGCCGACAGGAAGGCGGUGGUGCCGGUGGUAGCAGUGUUCUCGACGCUCCCAUGACCAUUGCUGCCGGCGAGUCUUUCGAUGGCGGGAACGCUAUCUUUGACCGCGGUGUCUCCUGCACUGGCCAGGAAGAGGGCGGUGACUCUGACGCUGUCUUCAUCCUUGAGAAAGGCGCUACUCUUUCCAACGUUCGCAUUGGUCCCAACCAGAUCGAGGGUGUCCAUUGCAAUGGCGGCUGUACUCUCAAUAACGUAAGCUGGGAUGCCGUGUGUGAGGACGCUUUCAGCAUCAAGAAGCAGGAUGACGGCGAGACCACCACCAUAAACGGUGGUGGCGCCAAGGGAGCCGAGGACAAAGUGAUCCAGCACAACGGUGGUGGUACCGUUAUCAUCAAGAACUUUGAAGUAUCCGACUUUGGCAAGCUGUACCGAAGCUGUGGUAACUGCAAGUCUAUGCCUGCUCGUCACGUUGAGAUCUCUGGUGGUUCCGCUAGCAACGGAAAGAUGCUUGUUGGCAUCAACCCCAACAUGGGUGAUACUGCCAAGAUCUCUGGUAUGCAAGUCACCGAUGUUCCUAAGGAGUGUAUCACUUUUGAGGGUGUUACCGAUGGAAGUGAGCCCAAGGAAGUCGGAACCUGCGAUGGUAACGGCUCUGGAUCUGGAUCUGGCGAGACUCCUGCUACUCCUACCACCCCCGCUGACGACUCCGAGACCCCUGCCGCAUCUGAGGUUGCGGAUCCUGUUGAGUCUUCUGUCGAUGGUGAUUCUGAUGGUGACAACGAGUCCGGUGAUGGUCAAUCUGGUGAUGACCAGAACAAUGACGACUCCAACGAUGACUCCAACGAUGACUCCAACGAUGACUCCAACGAUGACUCCAACGAUGACUCCAACGAUGACUCCAACGAUGAGAACAAAGACGAGGACAAGAAAGAGAACAAGGAUCAAGACUCUGACAACAACGAUGGAGAGCAAGAAUUUGGCAAUGAGAACUAG